ACAAAAGCGUUUCAGUGCACGUCCUACUUGUAAAGCUCUACAGCAGGGCUAUUUUGCGCGUUCCCGUGACUCUCGCCAUAGAAAACAAAGCUGAACGUCUUCCAUAACAGCUAGAGGUGCAGACUUACGGAAUAUCAGAAUUUACUCUGGAUACAUCCAGCUGAAUAUGGAUUUACAGUGGGUGUAGCAUUUUUGGGGACCGAGCCUUCCCGGCUGGGGUGACGGCAGGACAUUAGCGAAACCGACGAAAAUAACAUCAGUGUGUUUUUUUUUUCUCGGGGUGCUUUGUCUUGUCCACCUAACGAUAGCAAACCACCAUUCCAAUUGCAAGAUAUUCAGCUAGUGAUUACUAGCUGCUGCCAGGAUGUAUCAUCAUGUUGUCACUUAAAAGUAACUGCUAGGACGUCGGAUUGUGAAGGAUAAGCAGAAAACCUCUCCGAGGUCCUAACGGGUUGUCACCGGGACCUGAAUCUGUGUUAGCCACAGUCGCGGAACCCACAGUUUUCGGCGAUAUGGCGGAACAGGGCUACUCAUCUUGGGCAUACUCCCUAGUUGACUCCAGCCAGGUGUCCACCUUCCUCAUCUCCAUCCUUCUCAUCGUCUAUGGCAGCUUCAGGUCAUUAAACAUGGAUUGUGAGAACCAGGAGAAGGAUAAAGAUGGUAACACCACGACAACGGGGGCUUUCAAUAACAGCAACACAAACAACAGUAUUCAGACUAUAGACUCCACACAGGCCCUGUUCCUGCCCAUAGGAGCCUCUGUGUCACUGCUAGUCAUGUUUUUCUUCUUCGACUCGGUACAGGUGGUCUUCACCAUCUGCACUGCAGUUCUUGCAACAAUCGCAUUCGCAUUCCUCUUGUUGCCAAUGUGCCAGUAUCUGACCAGACCCUGCUCCCCACAGAACAAGAUUUCAUUUGGCUGCUGUGGGCGUUUCACUCUGGCUGAGCUCCUGUCCUUCUCCCUCUCCGUCAUGUUGGUGCUCAUCUGGGUGCUGACCGGACACUGGCUCCUCAUGGACGCUUUGGCCAUGGGCUUGUGUGUCGCCAUGAUAGCCUUCGUGCGGCUUCCCAGUCUGAAGGUGUCUUGCCUGCUGCUGUCAGGACUGCUCAUUUAUGAUGUGUUCUGGGUGUUCUUCUCUGCCUACAUUUUCAAUAGUAAUGUGAUGGUCAAAGUUGCCACCCAACCUGCUGAAAAUCCCAUAGACGUUCUGUCCAGGAAGCUCCACUUGGGGCCAGGGAUGGGCCGUGACGUCCCCCGUCUCUCCUUACCUGGCAAACUGGUCUUUCCCAGUUCCACAGGAAGUCACUUCUCAAUGCUGGGAAUAGGAGACAUCGUGAUGCCGGGGCUGCUUUUAUGCUUCGUCUUGCGCUAUGACAACUACAAGAAGCAAGCAAAUGGGGAAGUCCCGGGGCCUGGUAACAUGUCCGGACGCAUGCAGCGCGUCUCCUAUUUCCACUGCACUCUAAUCGGAUACUUUGUGGGUCUGCUGACUGCCACCGUGGCCUCCAGGAUCCAUCGUGCUGCUCAGCCCGCUCUGCUCUACCUGGUGCCCUUCACCCUGCUGCCUCUGCUCACUAUGGCCUACCUGAAGGGGGAUUUGCGGCGCAUGUGGUCCGAACCUUUCCACGCCAAGACCAGCAGCUCCCGCUUCUUGGAGGUAUGAUGCACCCUGGGAUAAACGACCAGCGCGGGGAGGACUGCGGAUCCUUUACCUUAAUUGGAGGGAAGGAGAGAGGGCGCACUCACAGUGAGGCCAUGUUGUCAUCACUUGUUCAUGCUUUCCGCCAAUCUUCUGUGAAAACCCUCAGAAGGACACCAAGUGUGUGGAUCACAACGCCCCAACCCGACUCAUCUUUGGUCCCUGCAUCCUCUCCGUCUCAUCUCCGCUUCCUCUUUUCUGUUUAUUUCCUUUUCAUUAUAGCACAUCCUGUCUAUGCUGUUUUUGUUCUGCCCCCUACCCUCCCUCUCUUUUUUCCUUUUCCUCUUCUCUGUGGUUGUAUAGCUGCCACUUCCCUCCCGUGGUCAGUUCCAUUCAUCAGGCCUCUUCUGUCUGCGUUUUCCCUCUUUCCCCUGCAUCUUUAAUUUUCUCCGCAUCUCUUUUUGUCAUCGACUCGGAUGAACUCGAGGGCCAGGCCUCCCCCCUCUUUGUGGACCUAGGGUUGUGAGACGUGGCUGAGGUUUAUAUAUAUUUUUUUAGCAUUGUCGUGGUCAUUAUUAUUAUUAAUAUUAUGGAACGAUUCAAACAAGCAGAAGAGACGGAGUGUUACAUUGGCACAGGACAGUGCUCGAGAGCUGCGACACAGUAAAGGAGAAGAGUCUUCCCCCUCCAUCUGUACCCACUCGCUCACUCGCUUAAUCUGUCCCAUCAUCCCACCACAACGGCUUCUUCAAAACGCUCCUCUGACGCUCCCUGCGAGCCCUUCUCUCCUCCUCCUCUUCCUCCUCCUCACUGUUCAUCUGCUGUCCCCAUUCCCCACCCUCACAGAUAACUAUGUAUUUUAUUUAGAAAAGUUUUAUUCUUGGCAUAUACAGAAAUGAUGCAUUAUAAAUUGUUAAGCUGCCCCCAGCAUUUCAGGGGCCGCUUCUAUUUGUAUAUAUGUGUAUUUGCGGUAUUGGUUUGUAUUUGUGUUCGGGAGCAUGUUGUAUGGGGUGGGAAACUGACAACAGCCAACCACCAAAUUUCUGUCAAUUUUGGCUUCCGAUUGAAUUGACUCGAUUGGUGGGCAUCCAUAAUUUAGAGGUUGUUUUCUAAAGUUUGUUGGCUUGUAUAAUAGAAAUGUAGCUGGUGGAUUUUUUUGGGAGGAAGAAACAAAACAUCUGCGUCUGUGGCUGGUUGAAAAGGUUAGUUUCCUGCUCCGUGUGUGUGUGCGUGUGCGUGCGUGCGUGCGUGUGUGUGUGUGCAUGUGUGGGAGCAAAACAGAUGAGUGAAUUGUUGUUUUACUUGGUUUUAAUUUGAAAUCAUGAACAUGUUAAAAAAAAAAAACAGUGACAAUAGUCAGGUUUCCAUUGAGCUGGCCGUUCUGGAUUAAACUGUCAUAAACACAUGACGUCUGAUGGAAACCGUUUGUGUCUAACUUGUAAAAAAAAAAAAAAAAAAAAACCUACAAAAAACCAAACAGGGUCAGUUUUCUUUAUCAGUCUCUUUGUGGACAAGUAGAAAUGUAAACAGUGUUUUCUUUUUCAAAUAAAUGAAUGUUGACUUAA